UCUAAAAUUUACAAAGCAAUCAAUUAGUAAAAUUUCAUCAUCAGCAUUGCUUAAGUCAAUUUUUGCUGGUCAACUAUACAGUUAUAGAUAUAUUAUUUAUAAAUCUGGUGCAAAAUCAAAAAGGAACCUUAUGGACCAAGAUUUGAUGCAUUUGUUGUCAAAUGAUCAAAAAGACUAUAUAUUUUUGGCUUUACGCGAAUUCUCAGAUAAUCUUAAGCAUAGUGAUUUUACAUUUAAAGUCUUGGUCCCUGAAGCAAUAUUGUAUUUGUUUGCUGAAUUGGAAGGAAUUUCAAGAAAUAAAGCUGAAGUAUUGUUAAGCUCUUACUCUUCACAAAGGACUAAUGAGCUAGUGAAUAAAUUGCCUGAUGAAGAUGAUGCUUUUUCUGCAGAUAAAAAUCUGGUUGCAGGAAGCAAGGAACUUUUGAAUGGUAGUGCUGAUUUUAGUGAAAAUGAAAACAGUUCCAAUAAAGAAUCAUCACAAAUCGCCCAGCCUGUAUUGGAAAAGGAAGAAAAACAACCACAAUACUUUUAUAAUUUUAUUACAUAUUUGACCGAAAAUAUAUAUCCACCUGGUCUUGGAAAAAAUGAUAAACGUACGUUUCGAAGUGUGGCAAAAAAGUAUUGUGUACAAGAUGGUAAGCUCAAGCGAAAAGUAACUGUGUGUGGGAAUUCUGUUUAUGCAGAUGUUAUUAUGGACACGGAGGAAAGACUAAAAAUUUUUACAUUGGAGCAUGACAGUCCUUUAGGAGGACAUAGUGGCCAAACAAAAACAAAAGCCAAAAUUAUGGAAAAGUAUUAUUGGCCUAAUAUCAGCGGAGAUAUUAUAAAAUGGGUAAAACAAUGCAAGCGUUGUCAAACAUCUGGUCAGCUGAUUUCUGUUUCAGAGCCUUUACAUUCAAUAAAGACUACGCGAGUAUGGGAAAUUGUUGGGAUAGAUUUUGCUGGCCCAUUUACAGAAACAUCUAUGGGAAAUAGAUAUUUUAUGAGCUGCACGGAUUUAUUUUCAAAGUGGCCUGUUGCUUAUGCAUUGCCAAAUAAGGAGGCUUUAACGGUAGCCAAGUCAAUAAUUAAGUUAGUAACUACAUUUGGGUUUCCAUCUGUAAUACUUUCUGACAAUGGUUCAGAGUUUUGUAAUGAGUUAAACAACGAAAUGUAUAGGUUGUUAGGAAUAGAGCGAAGAAAAACGGCUGUUUAUCAUCCUCAAACAAAUGGCCAAGAUGAAAACACAAACAAAAAUAUAAAAAGAAAAAUAAGAAAACUAAUUGAUGAAAAUCAGUCCAAUUGGGAUGAAUUUCUUGAUGUAGUCUUGUAUCCACUACGAGUUGAAAGACAAACCUCUACAAAAGUUUCACCAUUUGAGAUUAUGUUUGGGGGUCGCUUACCAGUUUUUAGUAGUGAAUUAAAAGAAGAAAUUAUUGUUUUGGGUCCAACAGAGGAAGAAGUUAUAGUUGAAGUUGAAAAAAAUAGGAACCACGUUGAAAAUUUAACAAAUCUAAUUUCUAAGAACAUCAAAGAUGCUCAAGCAAAACAAAAAAAAUAUUAUGAUGCUAGAGUCCAAAAAAAUUGUAAAGUAUCUGCUGACCCAAUUAUGGUAGGAGAUAAGGUUUUACUUCUGGACAUAAGAGGAAGAAGAAGCAAAGGGGCUGCAUUCAAGCCAAGAUUUAAAGGACCUUAUUAUGUAGCCCAUAUUACAAAAUGUGGGAAUUUUAAACUCAAUGAUUUGAAUAACAUUCCUUUAAAAAGCACUCACAAAAAAUUGCAUAUUAAAAAGUUCAUUGAAAGUUUGGAGAAAGGUGAUAUACUGAUGGAAUAUCUUUGUCAGAUUAAACCUAUUAAAGCUGUAAUGGGUAUCUAUUCCAGUUUGGGUGGUUGUAAGAUAUACGAUUACUCGUUACAUGAUGCUUUAAAUGGCUGUCUAAGCGAUGAAGUUGUUUACGUUUAUCUUAGACUUUUGGCAAGCGAUCAGAAAAAGUAUCGAAUCGAAGUAUUGGCGCCAGCUGGGUUACUUUCAUUAGAAGAGUUGCCACAUCCAACUGACUUGAUAAGAAGGAAACAUGUGAAUGAGCUCUUUAAGCUUGAUAUUUUAAUAUGCUGUGUUGUUUUGAAUUUUCAUUGGAAACUUACAAUUAUCAAACCACGUGAGAAAAUAAUCCUAUAUAUUAACCCUCUUGGUGAAACCAAAGCUUCUAUAUUAAAAGAAGAAAAAAAGUGGAAUAGUUACUUGAUGCAAAGAUACAGUGUUAUAGAGAAAUUCGAGUUAGUGACAUUACCACAUGCGUUACAAACUGACAAUAUAUCAUGUGGAGUAUUUUGUCUGAAGUUUGCUGAAAAUUAUAUAAAUGAAUCAGAGUUGGCGCUUAACUUUCCACUAGAAGAUGUUAUAGAGUUUAGAAAGAAAGUGGUGCAUUUACUUAUGGAAAGAGGAGGUCAGAGAAGAUGGCAAGAUAAACUUUGUCGAAUCUGUGGGAAUGAAAGAGGACCAAGUACACAACAAAUUAAAAAGUCAGAUAAAUGGAUAAAAUGUGCUAACUGCAUUCCAAAUAGAUGGUUUCAUAUGGAAUGCAUUGAUUAUGCAAAAGAAACAAGUGAUUUAUUUACUUGCUCAAACGUUUCUCUUUCUAAUAUAUGUCUGCCAUGAUCAGAGUUGAUUGCAAAACAAUUAAAAACAUUGAUUUUGAAAAGUUGAACUUUUGAAAAACAACGUUGUUUUUGUUUGUUGAUUUUUAAAACCCAGGCAUAUUAACAAAGAACAUUAAAAACAUUUUAUACUAAGAAUAUCAUAUCCCCCUGUAUAAGAAUCGUUUUCGACAUAAAACUUAGUAAAAUAUGCGAUAUAGUAUCAAUUUUGGUAAUGGGACGUAAAAGCGAAAAGUUUAAAAGCGAAAGAACGUAAGAGCGAAAAGUUUUAAGCGAAAGAACGUUAAAGCGAAAAGUUUAAAAGCGAAAACCAGGAAAUCGAGUAUCGCGAUAAGUUCAACGACAACAAAAACAAUGUUAUUAUUGAAAUUUUUUCUGAUUUUGUUAUUAUUUCAAUGUAAUAUUAUAGAUUAUUUAGCGU